UCAAAUGUGAACCAGGCGCGCGCGGAGAGAAGUUGAGUAAAGGGAAGCUCGAGAGACUCCACUGGAAUAAAGGCGCUCUUUCAUUUAGGAGAGAGGAUAGAGAAGGUUAUUGAAAACUCUGAAUUUACGGGAUAGAAACUAAAAACAGGAUAAUGUAUCAUAAUAUAAGGAAAACCACGUCAUUGAACCUAUAAGGAAAAGUUUGAGGAAUAAGGUCAUUCUGUUUAAGAUGUUUAAGAAUAGUUUGAACGUCCAGGUAGGGAAUGGCCUCUUAACUCUUACUCAUUGACAAGAUUUGUUUUUCGUGUUAGAAGUAGCAGCGUGUAUUUCUGAAGCUGUUCCGCGUUAGUGAUGGUUAAUUACCCUACAUGAGCCUCUUGUUUGACGGGACAGGUGUUCGGUUUUGAGUCGCAAUAAGCGGAACGCAGAUGUUGACACAAGGUCAUUAGUGUCGGUUUCUUUGCCUGAGGGGCUAGCGAUGCCACUGCAACGUCGUUUGAACGGAUAUAACGGAUCCUUGGAGAACAGCGCGAGCUGAAGGAGCGCGUGUGCGCGUCUUGUUAUGCCGAAGCUCAACAUUUAAACAACUAACGGAGCCCACUUCUCAAGAGACACACACACGACAUUCUCCAUCCUCCCCUCUAUCGCACAAAUGGAGCUGAGGAAAUAUCUGGUGUUUUUCAAGUUGGUUGUCCUUUUAAAAGGGUUGUGUGAAUGCUUCAACAUUGACGUGAAGCACCCUCGGAUCUUCACCGGCCCAGAGGAAGCUCUGUUUGGGUUCUCUGUUCUCCAACACAGCUCACACGAUGGAGAAAAAUCAAUGCUGGUUGGUGCUCCCUGGGAUGGAUCGCCGAAUAACAGGAGAGGAGACAUAUACAAGUGUGUCGUGGGAGAGGAAAGGAACUCCAACUGCACCAAAGUGAACCUGGGGGAGAGGGCUCUGCAGAACGUGUCCAGGAACCUGAAGAACUCCCACCUUGGGAUGACCCUCAGCCCAGACAACCCCGACGGCUUCCUGGCGUGCGCCCCCUUGUGGUCUCAGGAAUGCGGCACGUCUGUCUUCAGCACCGGGAUCUGCGCCUCCGUCAGCGACGACCUGGAACCCAGGGAGACCAUCGCCCCUACAGCGCAGAGAUGCUCCACAUACAUGGACAUCGUGAUAGUCCUGGACGGCUCCAACAGCAUCUACCCCUGGUAUGAGGUCCAGAACUUUCUCAGCAACAUCCUCAGCAAGUUUCACAUCAGCCCAGAGCAGAUGCAGGUUGGGGUGCUGCAGUACGGUGAGGUAGCGGUCCAUGAGUGGUCGCUGAGAGACUACCAGACCACACAGGAAGUGGUGGAGGCUGCCAAGAACAUCAGCAGGCAGGAGGGGCGGGAGACACGCACGGCGUACGCCAUCCACAUGGGCUGCACGGAGGCGUUCAGCCCGGAGAGAGGGGCCAGGGAGGGUGCCACCAAGGUGAUGAUCGUGGUGACGGAUGGAGAGUCACACGACGGGGAGGAGCUGGAAGAUGCUCUGUCUGAGUGUGAGGAGAGGAACAUCACUAGAUACGCCAUCGCUGUGCUAGGUCAUUACAUCCGCAGACAGCAGGAUCCAGAGACCUUCAUCAGUGAGAUCAAGUACAUCGCCAGCGACCCGGACGAGAAGUACUUCUUCAACGUGACGGACGAGGCGGCGCUCAACGACAUCGUGGACGCCCUGGGAGACCGCAUCUUCACUCUGGAGGGGACCCUGGGCUACAACCAGAGUGCCUUCACCAUGGAGAUGUCUCAGAUCGGCUUCUCCACACACACUCUGGACGACGGGAUCCUGUUUGGGAUGGUGGGAGCGUACGACUGGGACGGGGGGGUGCUGAAGGAGAGUGCGGCCGGGAGCAUCAUGCCCCCCAGAGAGGCCUUCGAGUCCGAGUUCCCCCUGGAGCUCAAAAACCACGCUGCCUACCUCGGCUACACGGUCUCCUCGGUGAUAGUGGGGGACUGGAGGAGGCUGUAUGUGGCAGGAGCGCCCAGGUUCAAACACAAAGGGAAGGUCAUCCUGUUUGAGCUCAGUGACAGCGGGGAUGUGGACAUCACGCAGGCGCUGAACGGAGAGCAGAUAGGGUCCUAUUUUGGCAGUGAGGUGUGUGGGGUGGACGUGGACCAGGAUGGUAUCACAGAUGUGCUGCUGGUGGCAGCGCCCAUGUUCCUGGGAGUGAGGAGCAGAGAGGCCGGCAGAGUCUACAUGUACACUCUGAACGCAGGGGAGGAGUUUGUUCCUAACGGCACUCUCCAGGCAGAGGUCAGAGUCCAGGACGCCAGGUUUGGCUACGCCCUGGCCGCCGCCCACGACCUCAACCAGGACGGCUUCACCGACCUGCUGGUGGGCGCACCUCUGGAGGACGACCACACGGGGGCGAUAUACGUGUACCACGGGCAGGGCAUCUACAUCACCCCCACCUACACACAGCGUAUUGCUGGCUUGUCCCUGUCUCCCUCUCUGCGUUAUUUCGGCCGCAGCCUGAGUGCCCGUCUGGACCUUGAUGGAGAUGAGCUGCUGGACCUGUCUGUGGGGGCGCAGGGCAGCGCCGUGCUGCUCAGCUCCCGCAGCAUCGUGCAGGUGAACGUGAGCCUGUCCUUCCAGCCACACUCCAUCAACGUGAUCCAGAAGACCUGUCAGCGCGGCGGCCGGGACUCCGCCUGCCUCAACGCCAUCGCCUGCUUCCUGGCGCUCUCCCGCACGCCGGGAACACACAGCAACAGCUUCGAGCUGUGGGUGUCGGCCAUGCUGGAUGACAGGAAGUUGUCAGCGAGGGCCUUGUUUGACGACAGCUCCCAGAGACAGACCCAGCUGGGGGUCAUAGUUCACACAGGGAGAAGUGUCUGCUACACCCUGCCCUUCCAUGUCUAUGACACGGCAGACUACAUCCGUCCAAUCAGCUUCUCCCUGCGGUUCAAGAUCAACAACACAGAAAGCGGCCCAGUGUUGGAUGAGGGUUGGCCAACCACCGUCAAAAAAUCUAUCCCGUUCUUUAAAGACUGUGGUGAAGAUGACGUUUGUGUGACUGACCUGGUGCUGAAAGCUCAUAUGGACAUCUCUGGAACACGACAAAUGCCGUACGUGAUCCGUAGCCCCCGGCGACGGCUGUCAGUGGAGGUCCAGCUGCAGAACCGUCUGGAGAAUGCCUACAACACCAGCCUCACGCUGCAGUACUCACGCAACCUGCUCUUCUCCAGCCUCAGCAUCCGGGAGGACAGCCAGUUUAAGAUUGAGUGUACAGCUCUCAGCUCCAACAGCCACUCCUGCAACGUCAGCUACCCUGUAUUCCGCUCCCAGUCCAAGGUGAACUUCAUGUUGGAGUUUGAGUUCAGCUGCACGUCCCUGCUGAGUAAAGUACAGAUGAAGCUGCUUGUUGCCAGUGACAGCGUAGAGAGAGAGGCCACCCUAGGAGACAACAAUGUUCAGCUCCAGACCAUCGUUCAGUAUGAACCAGACCUCUUUAUCAGCAGUGACUCUAAUCUAAACCGCUACGAGGUGCACCCAACCAGGACGAUAUCAGAAGCUAUCGGGCCUGAGUUCCAAACACACUUCCGGCUGCAGAACCUGGGCUGUUACUCCGUGAGGGACCUGGAGCUGAGGUUAAGCCUGCCCUCGGUGGCGGCAGGAGACCGAGUCUUCAUGACCGUCACAGACGUCUUCUCCUACAACUCCUCAGGGGUGAACUGCAGUGUGGAGGGAGAUCUGGCCCGGCUGAAGGCCAGACAGAGAGACGUGCGACUUCUCCACCCUGAACACAUGCAGCAGAACGACAUGCUGAACUGCAGCAGGUCGAGGUGUAUCGAGGUUGUGUGUCAGGUCCAGCAGCUCCUCCGGGGUCAGACAGCCCUGAUCCGGAUCAGCAGGAGAGUGCAUGACCACUUCUUCAGACAGGCUAAGUUUAAGGCGGUGAAGAUAGUGAGCGCAUAUCGCCUGGCUGCUAAGGAGUCUAACCUGGUGACUCUGGGCAGCAGCGCCCUCUGGAGGGAGACUGUUCUGGAGGUGCUGAAGGGGCGGGCCAUCCCUAUCUCUCUCUGGAUCCUGAUUGGUAGCAUCAUUGGAGGCCUGCUUUUAUUGGCCCUCAUCAUUUUCAUCCUAUGGAAGCUCGGGUUCUUCACCCGUAAACAGAGAGGGGAUGAGGAUGAGAAGCACGAGGACUAAGCCCCGCCCCCGAAACCGUGGCUACGGCUGAUGCAAAUACUCACCGUGACAACCAUAGAAGCGGGAGCCCAAGGCACAGAGACGUAGUACCUCAGCCGUGGUGCUGGGCCGGGACUAAAGCCUGCACAGAUCACCACCCUCCUGGACACAGGGAACACUGCUUACACAGGUCCAGUCCAAUGGAAAUGCACUAUCCACUUGCUCCUUUAGGGUUGGGGCUAAUGGUCAUGUAAAUAGUAUUUUCUUUUUGUGUAUUUCAAAGAAAUGCAAAGUGUAUCAAACCACAUUACGUCUAUUUAAUAUCCAGAAAAGAUCAUGGUUUUACAUUUCAACCCAUUGAUUUCUCACUUGUCUUUCAGUUUUGAAUUUGUCAAAAUUAAAAAUAUAUAUAUAUUUUGUGCCAGAUUUUGUGUUUUUAUAUUAAAUCAACCUUGAAUUGCUCAAAUUGCACAA